AAUACCGUCCACGCCAUUCUCGUCAACGACGGCACCGGCUUGAAUUUGACCGGUCUGGCAGGCAACAUUCUCCGGAUAAAGAUUGUCGGAUUGGGCGACGUAGUGUCAUCAGGGAAGCAGACAUCGACCUCCAUAGGAGCGACCGAGAUCAGCUGUACCCAGCCACAGGCUCCGGCUGUAUCAGCCCCAGAGCUCUUUGCUGCCCUGAGGAAUCCAUGGGAGUCUGUGCAGACUCGCCCGGGGAACGGGUUGCAUGCGGCUCAUCAAGACCAGGAAUCUCGACCAGAGUCUGUACCGAAGCCGCCGGAGCCUGAGGCCCAUCACACACAAGCAGACACAGAGGCGGCUGAAACUGUCCAGCUGCUAGAUUGGCGGGUGGAGGACGAAGCGAAGGAUCGAGCGUUUGUCGAAGAUGUGGCGUUUAAUCCAUGGGAUUAGAUUAGACGUCUCUCAGGAUCAUCCUCGAAUUGAGCUCUCGGUAGCUCUAAGUUUUCAGCGUACAAUACGCCCUGAAUUGGCUACAGAGGACGUACAUUCGUCUGGCCUCUGCAUUGUAGUAUCGUCCGCGACAUAUCUUGUAACACCAUCCAUAUAUCUGUGUUCUGCAGAAAUGAUUCCAUAAUAUCAUCCUCAACAAGAAAUAGACCCAGGG